AUGGAAACUACAAACGUUAAGAUCAUCUUCGAACAAUUGAAGACAGAACGUAACAUCGUUAUGAAUUACCUUAGAAGUAUGGAAGUCUCACUCAAAAAUAACUUGCUGAACUUGAAAAAUUUCCAAUAUCAAUACGAUACAAAUUCAAAAACAUUGCUCAUGAAGGCAGAAAGGUUAUUGUUUGAAAAAAAAACAUUACCAGAAGUUAUUCCAGAAACAGUACCAGUUUUGUUACAAGAUCCAAUUCCAAGGCAAGAAGUUACAAAUCCUACGUGUUUCUCAUCUAAUGAUUCGGAUUAUGGCAGUGAAUCGAAUGAUUUGGGUAUUGAUUUAGAUCGCCCUAUAAAAAAAGAACUAACUAUGGAUGAUGUGGUUGAAUUACAGUCAAAAUAUACAGAAUAUUCUAACGAUAUUUAUAAUCAAGGCGAGCAAGCCAUAACGGAAGAACUAACUAUGGAUGAUGUGAUGAAAGUACUACUGAUUUUUGCUUCCGUAUUGGCACUAUCAUGUGCUCAAAAUCAAGCUGUUCCAAGAGCCCUUUUAACGGAAUUUUUAGAUUUUGCGCAAGUAAUUCCAUUUAGGCAAAUUAUGGACAUCACCAACAACCAUUUGGAGAACGAUCCUGGAUUCGGAGCUGGCAUUAAAUAUUUACAAAGUGCAGCAUGGGAGGACCUACAAAAUAAAAUCAUGCAAUCUCAAGAGUACAAAGAUUUAAAGAAACGCCUGCUAUAUCUUGGAAUCCCAGUAGAUUUCUUACACACCUUCAUGAAAAACUUGGUUCGUAAUGCUAAACCUGGUGUAAUUGGGGACGAAAUAAACUUUGAACCAUAUUUCAACGAUAUAGAAGCCGUAUUACCUGUUGACAAAAUAUUUGGAAUGAUCAGAGACAAAAUUCAAAACAACGCAGCUUUUAGAGAACUUUUCGAAAAAGUGCAAAGCAAAGAAACCUUUAAACUAGUGGAAAGACUAAGAGCGCUACCUGAAUCCAAAUUGCUUUACAGUCAGCUUAUUAAAAUGGGAGUUAAAGUUGAUGAAUAUUUAAUUAUUAUUUAUGGUUUUCUAGAUUGGGGAUCUCCUUAAAUAAAUUGUUGGAAUUAAAUUUAUUUUGUCAAAAUACUAUUGUUAUGCUGUUUUUUAAAUAAAUGUCUAAAAUUAA